AUGGUGCGCAGAAAAUAUGGCGAUCUUUUAGUAGAUAGAGAGGAAAUUGAAGAGAGAUGGGUAGAACAUUUUAGAACCUUGUUAAAUAGAACAGCACCUCUUGAACAGCCCGGGGAGAAUGGAGAAAUUAUAUUGGGAGAGGAUGGUGAGGAAUCAACCACAGAGGAAAUUCUAGAAAUAAUAAAUCACCUAAAGACUAAUAACUCUGCCGGUCUUGACGAAAUUAGUGCAGAACUACUGAAGUAUGGAGGAAGACAACUACAAGAAGCAAUGGCAAAAAUUGUGAUUGAAUUUUGGAGAAGAGAAGAAAUACCUGAAGAAUGGGAGGAGGGACUGUUUGUGCCAAUUCACAAGAAAGGUGAUAGAACGGAAUGUGGAAAUUAUAGAGGCAUUUGUCUCUUAACUGUCGGAUAUAAGAUUGAAGCUAAGCUAUUGUAUAAUAGACUGAAAAGACACAAUUUUAAGCAGGCAUAUGACAGUAUACAACGAGAGGCAUUGUGGAGGAUACUGAGAGAAUUCAGGAUACCAGAGAAGCUUAUACGCUUAACAAAAAUGUGUUACAGGAAUAUGAGAGGCAGAGUACAGAUUGGAGGGGAAGUAACGGGUCCUUUUGAAGUUGACAACGGUUUAAAACAGGAAUGCGCACUGUCUAUGAUUCCCUUUAACCUAGUGCUGGAAUGGGUCAUGAGACAAACACCAGAGGGUAAUGGAGUACAUUUUGGGGAGGCUAUGUGUGAUAGAUUAGCUUAUGCAGAUGAUAUUGACUUUUGUGGUGAAAACAUCCAGGAAACUGAUAUAGAAAUAACCAUUUUUAGAGAAGCUGCAAAUAAAGUUGGCCUGGAAAUAAAAGAGGCUAAAACAAAAAUCUUGAAGGUUUCAAGGCAGGAGAGGAUACUGGGUAACAUUAGGAGAGGAAAUAUGGAGUUGGAAGCGGUCAAGAACUUCAAAUACCUUGGAUCAACAGUUACAGCAGAAAAUAGAGUAGAGGAAGAGGUAAAAUUAAGAAUAGUAGCAGCAGCCAGAUGUAUUUGGGCUUUGGUCAAAGUGCUCAAUAACAAUAUCUUAUCAAGGAGAACAAAGGUGAAGGCCUAUACAACCAUUAUUUGA